ACAACUUUUAUCGUCUAAACAACCAUAUAUAAGCAAACAUUUUCAGGCAGAAACUUUGAGAAAGUCUUCCACUGUUUGUUUUUUUUUUAACAUAGUCUGAGAUUGACUCAACACACGAGGAUUAUCUGAGCGCAGUCUAAACAUUAGAAACGAUACUUAAGCUUUCUGAUUGGUCGAUAGUGUCUGAAUACGGGUAGGACACAAUUAUCUUCGUUGACGGAACAUCUGUAACUGAUUGGUCGAAAAUAUCUGAAUACGGGUAGGGCCCAAUAAUCUUCGUUAUCGGAACAUCUGUAACUUAUCAUAUUUUGAUUGAAAUUUUGCAAGUUUCAAUUUCCUCGAGGAUGGACAUUCUGUUUCAUCUAAGUUUCCAUCUAACAGUGUUGACCCAUUUGGUAAUAGGAGUUCAUUUCGGCCACCGAGAAACCAAAUGCCAUAUAGAUGGCUCGGCCAUUGUCGAAGCCUCUGGGCUAGCCAUCAGCAGGGUCCAUCUGAACGUGGCAUACACCCACAACGAUAAAGGCGGCUCUGCUGAAAUCUUCGCUGUAGAUUUAUCUAAUGGUAAAACUGUCGCUACAUUGAAUAUCAAGUCUGCCAUCAACUGGGAUUGGGAAGACCUUGCUUAUGGCCCUUGUAUUGAUGAUUGUACUAGCGGUCAUGUAUGUAGCGCUGCUUUGGAGCCGUCCAGGUUUUGUCUGUACAUUGCAGACAUUGGGGACCACGGUGGAGACGGUGCUGCCAAUCAUAUCUACGUCAUUAGGGAGCCAGCAACUCUGGGAAACAAGGACGUCGAUUUGGUAGGGCAGUUAAAAUUCACUUGGACAGAACAAGAUGCCGAGACUCUGAUGAUCUCCCCUGAUGCUCGGCUCUUCAUUGUUUCCAAAGUGAACGGCGGCCAUGCUAAACUUGCUCAGAUACCAUCAAGUGCCUGGAACUCAAACAAUGUAGUGAGACUGGAUAUGAGUCACACCGCCACGCUCAGAAUCAGCACCAGCAGCAAUGAUCCCCAGGGCGGCGACAUCUCCCCGGAUGGAAUGUCCAUGUUACUGGUUGGAGAACACGAUAUCUACUUCUACAGUGUAACAGACGGUGACUACAUAAAAGCUAUCCGAGACCAAGUCCCCAAGAAAGUGGACACAUACAACAGGGUGCCGAGCACAGAAGGCAUUGCCUGGGCACCGAACCAAAGAUCCUUCUACAUCAUCCCAGACGGCAAUCACCCUUCGAUCUACUCCUAUCCAGUUGACCUUACAGUAGACGAAGUUUUUGGCUGACCACAACAUUUGCGUUAAAUUUCUUCACAUGAUUUAUAUCUAAGUAUAAUUCAUAUCUGAGACUUAAACUAAAAUAAGCACAGGAAAAAAAACAGAAUAUAUAAAAAAGUAUAAACAGAAAAUGAACAAACAAUGAACAUAGAAUAAAGUACAUGUAAUAAAGCAUUGGAAUUCCUCUAGUCAGGACCGGAUUUAGAUUUGAUAAGGCCCUACGCUUUUCGAGAUAUCGGACCCAUAUUAAUCAACAUAAGGCUUUCUUUCGCUCUUUCUUCAAGAUGAUUAAAAAUAUCCCUGGAACUAUUUUUUUUUGCCCCCCCCCUCCAAUCAAAUCGGGGCCCAAAGCUAUAGCUUAUGUUGCCUAUAGGUAAAUCUACCAAUAAUCCUCUAAUUUAAAAAAAAAAAACAUUGAAGAGCAUUUAUGAAUAUUUAAAAGUAUUUUUACAAAGCUUAUAUCAACUACUGUCUAUUUGUCUGUAUAUCUGGUAAAAAGAGUGUACACGUUAUUUCUCCCACACCCAUUCUCAGAUCAAAUUGAAACUUUGCACGAUUAUUCAUUUGAAUUGACAAGCCGUAAAUCAGUUUUAAAGUAUUCAAUUAGUCAUUUAAUUACUGGUAAUUAAUUAUUUAGUUUGAUAGCAACAAGGGAAAUUAAUCCUUCGGUAUACACAUAAAUGGCUAAAUGUGUAGGGUUUAGGCCCAUAAAAUAAUAGUUAACGCAAUUUCUCCCAUACGCAUUGUCCGAUCAAGUUGAUACUUUUGAGUAAUUAUUUAUUGUACCUAAUUAAACAUGAAUAACUAAAAAAAAUCAGUUAGUUAUUGGUAACUAGUUAUUUUUCUUGAUAUCGAAUAUGGGAACGAACUUAUAGAUUAUUGAUAGAUAUAGUUAGAAGAGAGGAGUUCUUCCCCUUAGAUAAGCUUUUUUUAAAACAUUGUUUGUAUUUGGCUUGUUGUUCCUCUAUUUCUGUGAUAUCUAAUAUGUGUAUGGUUGAUCGUUUGCUUAAUUGAUUGUUUGAUCAAUCGACAAUCGAUAGAAAUAAACAGACAGUUUGUUACUAUA